AUGCCUGUAAGCGGCAUUGGGCAAGCAAUUGUCAACGUACGUUACGUAGUCUCGGUGAGCAUCUCAUCCCGAUUUGGGUCACAACAAUUCCCAUUGCAUUGCCUGGUGUUGCCGAAACUAACGGUGAACCUUCCAACGAAGACGGUGGAUAUUAACACGUGGAAAAUUCCCAAGCAUCUACCGUUAGCAGACCCACACUUCUAUCAAAGUCAUGGUAUCGAUUUAAUUAUCGGUGCCGAGCUUAUCCCGUUCAUUCUGCAAUCCGAGCAGAUUCCGUUCGAUGACCAGCUACCACCACUCCAGAAGACAAGCUUCGGAUACGUAUUCUCGGGAAAGGUUCCCGCUUCGAUGACCACUCCACUUACCUGCUUGGUCUCCGCUUUCGACAACCUGGACGCACAGGUGAAAAGGUUCUGGGAAGUGGAAAACUUUGAUGUCGGAAAAUGCCUGACUGCCGAAGAACAACAGUGUGAAGCCCACUUCGCAUCUACACACAGUCGCAAUGCCGACGGUCGUUAUGUAGUGCGUCUACGUUAG